AUGAUGGAUUCCGAUAUACCAGAAUUCAAAGAUAAGCAAACUGCUGUUGAGGAUACAUAUCGACAAAUGCGAAAACUAUGUGAGAAUUACAAAUUGUUCUCGAAACUGGAUGACUUGGAUGAACUAUAUUCGACUAGCCUAAAUUUAAGUUAUAUCCAAGAUGAUUAUGAAACUAUAAAACAUGAAUUAUCACUGCCGGAUUUCAAUGUCCCGAUGAUCCACCAACAUAGUUUCUCUUAA